UGCUGCGUCGGGGGCUCCUCACCCUCCCCGCCUCCGCCUCCGCCUCCGCCUCCGCCCCGCUUCCUCCUCACCUUCUCCUCCUCCAGUACCGACGCCCCCUUGCCGCUGAUCUCCUCGCCGGCGGGCUUUUCACUGCCGAUCCCCUUCUCCGCCGACGAAAAGGCCGCAGUGAACUGCUCCUCCUCGACCUUGCACGUUUAUUUGCUUCUGAGGAAAGAGAUUGGAAAAAGAAAAUGUCAUCAUCUUCAGAGCAAGCUAGAAAGGCAUACGCGGAAUUCGAGGAAAAGGUCAAGAGAACUGUCCUCCUUGAAAACCUCUCUCCUCAUGUCACUGCAUCUGUCAUUAAAACAGCUGUCGAUCAGUUCGGGACUGCUGUGAAUGUGGAGUUCAUCCCAAAUUAUACUCUUCCAUACAAUAUUCCACAAGCAGCAUUGGUCGAGAUGGAGGAUCCAAAGCACGUCGAUACUGUGAUCUCUAUGAUGACAGACUUUCCUUUCAUGAUGUCCGGGAUGCCGCGGCCCGUGAGGGCCCGCCGUGCCCAGCCUGAAAUGUUUGCUGAUAGGCCUUCACCUGAUCGGAAGAUGCAGGUCCGGUGGGUUGACCCCUCGGAUCCAGAUUUUGAGGCUGCGAAGAAGUUGAAGCUGCUAGCAAAGGGGCACCAUGUAGAGACUUUAGCUCUCAUUAAGAAACAAUUGGAAGAGGAGGAGAAGCUCGCGAAGCAGCAGCUGGAGAUGCUCACGGCCAACUACAAGAAGUAUGAGAUGAUAGAGAAUGUAAUGAAAGACGACACUCUGGGUCGACUAGCGCGCCACUAUGGCAUCAGCCUGGCUGAUGAGUAGGCUCUCUCUCUCUCUCUCUCUCUCUCUCUCUCUCUCUCUCCAACUGCUUUUAAGUUAUUGCCUGGACCUGCUCCAGUGGACCUAACUAGAAUUUACUAUUAUUAUUAUUAUUAUUAUUUGUUUUAAUUUUUGUGGUUGGCAGUGGGGUUGUUGUUCGUUAGAAUCUGUAAAGUUCGUAAUUAAGGGAAUGUUCCUAGAACUUCUUUUUUUCCUUUUUUUUUUUUUCUUCUUUUUUUGUGCUUUUCGGAGGUUGAGUAUAUGGACUUGUCGAACUAGUGUAUAUGGACAUUAAGUUAAUAAUCUCAAUAGUGGAUACUGACUCUUCAAGUGUAGA